UUGAUAUUUGUGUGUGUGUGUGUCAGGACAGAGCAGGACAGAACUCAUGGAGACUCACGGCAGAGAGCUGCUGCAGGCAGACUUCGAUGCGUUUGAUAUUUCCGAGGAGCUUGGUUUUCUCCUUGAAGAGCCACUGACUAACCUUCCAGACUAUUACCGGGUGUGGCUGGACCUGGCAAAUAAUCUCACACAUCUGAUAGAAACACGUAAACUGCGGGAUCUGGUUCAUAAGAUGCCGGUCUUGGGUCCUCACCUCUUGAGUAACCACCGAGAGCUCCGGCUGGCUCACCUGGCGCUGGGAUUCAUCAGCAUGGGAUAUGUGUGGCAGGAAGGACACCACGCGCCUGCUCAGAUCCUCCCCAAAGCCCUGGCCUGGCCCUUCUGGCAGGUGUCCUGCAGGCUCGGCCUUCCGCCCAUCCUGACGUAUGCAGAUACAGUUUUGGCAAACUGGAAGUUAAAGGAUCCCACAGGGGAUAUGGACAUUGGGAACAUGGACUUGAUAUUUUCCUUUCCUGGCGGGGAGAGCUGCAGGGGAUUUUUCAUAGUGUCACUGUUGGUCGAGAUGGCUGCCAGUUCAGGCAUAAGGGGGGCUCUGGAGGUGAUGCGCGCCAUGAAAAUCUCGGACCUCAUCGGCGUACAGAAAGGUCUAGUCAAAGUAACUCAGUCUUUGAAGAAGAUGAAGGAAACUUUCAAGCUCAUGCAUCAUCACGUCGAUCCAACUGUGUUUCAUGGAACAUUGAGAAUUUUCGUCUCGGGGUGGCGAGACAACCCCAUGCUUCCAAGGGGGCUGGUCUACGAAGGAGUGAGCAAUGAGCCCAUUUUGUUAUCGGGCGGAAGUGCAGCCCAGAGUUCGGCCAUUCAGUGUUUCGAUGCUUUGCUGUGCAUCCAGCACGAGGGCGAGACAGGAGCCUUCCUGACACGCAUGAGGGAUUACAUGCCUCCUGCCCACCGUCAGCUGAUAGAAACCCUGUCCGUCUCUCCGUCUCUGCGAGACUUCAUCCUGUCCCACUCCAGCUCAGAUCUCCGCCAGGCCUUCAACGCGUGUGUCUCGGCGCUGGUGGAUUUAAGGAGCUACCACCUAAAUACCGUGACCAAGUACAUCAUUGUGCCCGGUAAUCAAGCUAGUGCCAUGGGCUGCCCACUCAGAGGUGUGGGCACUGUGCUGAACACCAGAGGGACCGGCGGCUCCAGCCUAAUGGUCUUCCUCAAGGGUGUUCGUAACACCACACAAAAAACACUGAUUUUAGAGAGGCAAUCUGUGUCAAGAGAAACUGAGAUGUAAUUUAUAGCACGUAUUAUAUCAUGCAUAACAUCCAACAUCCUUUUAAAGCACUAUACUCUUGAGGUUGUAUUUAUGAAGGAUUAUCCAGACUUCCAGCGGACCACCAUGGGACCUUACUUCAGAAAAGAAUAUGUACGGUAGUGAAUGGGAUCGGGAUCGAAAUCGUGUUUGAAUUGUGUCACGAAUCACCCACAUGAUGUUUGUCAACUUGAGAAAGAUGCAGUUUGUGAUAAAGUUUAGGGCUGAAUCAGAAAGACUCCACACCCAACGGUCACCUCAGGGAUGUUGUCACGUUUGACACUCACAAAUGGAACCUUGAUGGUUCUGUAUAUUCGCUUGCUCACAAAACAAAACAAAAGCCCGACUGUCCUUUUGCAUAACUGCAACUGUCAGUAUGGCCAGACUAUCGAACACUGAGCGAGAUGUUGCGGUUUCACACAACACUAAAUCUUUCUGACAAGCUGUGACUUUUUCUUGACAUGUUAAAUUAUCUUUUGAAUUAACAAACAUCUUUUGUGUAAUUCGUUGUACAAGUACUGUUGGUCUUUCUACAACACAGAGCAUGAACUUACCAACCAGUAGCCACAUUAAUGUAAGAGGAACACUUGCUAGCCACCUAACCUCACCGGCCUAAUGUCAAUGUAUGUAAGUUAACCAUGUUAGCUAGAGUUAACUAGCAAGCUGGCCAGCUAGCAGUCAGGUUGCGAGAAGGAGCAGGAAAUGUAAAGAAGAAUGAAUCCAAUGAAUCUUUUUAAAUUGGUGAAUUAUUUGAAUGCAAGAAACUCAGCAGCAGGCUAGAGAAGUGGAGCAGGCUGAUGACAAGGCAGGUGCAUCGUCAGGUGAGUUCCUAAAAAAAGAAUUACAGCUUGGAAAUAAAGGAAGGCACUAAAGUUUUAGGACGUUCUGCAAAUCUAACCUUUAAAGGUGAUGAUAUUUGGUCACACAUUGUUCAGUCUUUCAAAUGAACUGAGUCUGCAAUGUUAUUUGCGGCGUUGUACAUCUCGGUAAAUGUUUGCAGUGCUCCGUAAUAACCACACACUUAGAUGAAUGCAAAGAGACGAGGCGUGGUCAGAUUUGGAAGCAAAGAGGGGGAAGUGAAAAGUUUCAGCCUGGAAUUGAAUCUGUGGAAGACUUGGGGACUUUUGUUAAAGGUUUUCUUUGGGACAAUAAGUACUGAUGUAGUUUUAAAAGCCGCUUCUUCCAGGGGGAAAACAGAUGGAAAGUUACACGUGAUGAAAAUGAAAACAGUUAUGGUGAGUUGAAAUGAUGAGAUGCUCACACAAAACUUCUGACUUAAUGGCUUAAAGUCAAACUUUUGCAUGUAUUUCUUUUGGCACACAUAGGCUCCCAUACAUCACAGACCUUGACAUCAUUAAAUGAACUGCACUUUACUUUGACACAAUACUUCCUAUGAUCACAUGAUUGAUUGCCAAAAACUGUGUACCUAAUACUAGAGAGGACUAUGUGUUUGUUUCUAUGCAUUUUAUUUAUUAUGACUGUAAUUGUACCCAAGGAAUAAUGUAUAAGUUGCAAAGCCCAGAUGUAUCUUGAAUGUAACCUUGAAUCUUAAUAUUAUUUUUCGUGAUAAAUGGCUCCAAUUACACUUUGAACAUCAUGCGAUCAGUGAUAUUUAUAGAACUAUUCUCAUCAGCUACUAUUACAAUUCCUGAUUGUGUUGCUUUUGAACUGUUUUAUUUAUAAUAACAAAUAAUAAAACAAAUAAUGCCAGAAUUGGAA